CUUAUUUACUUGAAACAAAUGAAAUCUAUUGAUUACAGUGAUCAGACAUAUAUUUUUGCAUUAAUUCGUGAAAAUAAUAAGAAAAAUAUUGAAGUAGCGUGUUUACAUUCGAUCGGUACUUAAAGUAAAUGUUGUCAACUAAUAAUACCGUUGCUUUAACCAAACUGACACACACUACGUGUUCGCAGUGAAAAGAGACGAUUUGCAAAUCAGCAUAUUUUGCAUCAAUAGAGUAAACGAGACGAUAGAAAAGUGACGCCAAACUCACUCAUUGUAAUUUGAUAUUCGCUUUAAAUUGUGCACAACCGUCUGGAACAUUCAUUUUGUGACGAAUCAUUCAACACUCAACAAGUGUAGAAAAAUGCCGAAAGCUGGACCAUAUUAUUUGUAUAUGCUCGAUUUCAAACGGGAUCAGGAGCAAAGAUGCGGCCGACAACUCACUUUACCAGAAGUGUCGCAAAUGGCGUCGACAUCUUGGAAUGCGAUGUCUGAGGACGAGAAGGCAUAUUACAAACAAAAAGCCAAGGGUGGUGAUAUGAAAAUUCCACGCCGUAAUAACAACAACACGAAAACCAGCGAUUCGUCAUCAUUGCUGACAUCACAUGGUGUUCCUGUAAUUGUGUACGAGCAAGUAGAACGCGAAAAGCAAAUGGAAUUGGAAAACAUGCGUCGUCGUAUUGGUAGCAUGGUUCAAAGAAUGGAUCUUAUGACAGAUUUUACUACGUACCCAUUCUACUUUAUGUAUGGCAACUAUUUCUACAAGCACAGCGAAGGCCAUUACAGCCCAGCUGAAAUUGGAUUGAUCAAGUUUACGUUCCGUGAUGGUGUAUUGAAACGUCAUUGUGCUUUCAUCAAUCCGGAACAUGUUGAAAUUGGUUAUGCGUACACUGCAAAAGCACAUAGUGAAGAAACGCACCAAAUACCACCACCGCCAAAUGACUUUGGUGAAACCAAUUACCAGCGCGUAAUGUUCAACAUCAAAAAGUUCAUGAAAGAGGAUGGUGUACAAACAUUUGAUGGUGGAAAUCAAAUGAUUUUCACCUACCACGAUCCAUACACAAAUGAAGAAAAUCAAGUUGACGUUUUGAAGGAUUUUCUCAAACAAUUCGCUGACGAACGUGAACAACAUAACAUUGAUGUGUAUCCAUUGACACGUCUCUUCUAUGUUCUGCGCAAAGAACUGGCUGCACGCGGUAAAACCGAAGCUAUUCCAAAUGAAAAUUUCACGAAUAUCUUACUGUCACGUGAUCCGUAUGAAUCAAUUGGUGGCAUCAGUUGCGGGUUUCACGAGGAAAAAGACGCAACACGUCAUUGCGCGCUUAGCCGGUGUCGACGUUGGGCAUUCCAAUUGGCAGACCAUUUUUGCCAGCCGCUCGAAAUUAAAUUAGUACGUGGUCAGCAUUUACCUAAUAAUGCGGAUAUUUCCUCAUCAGCUCUGUCAUUGGAAUCGGACGUUUCGGUAAAUGUGGACGAAUCAAAGAUUGAUCACAGUACAUCGGAAAUGGAUAAGGCGUCAACGGUUGCAAGUGAACAUCGGGCUGGAUCACUGUCCACGCUGAACUUCGAUGACCAGUCAGUUCAAACCGCAUCAUCGGGUACAACUCGUGUAAAACGACAAUCACGCCGAUCGGUGGCUCUCAAAAUGGGAUCCCAAUCGAACAUCACUUCGAGCACAUUCUACAAUCGCCCAUGAUUUACACAAAUUCAAUUCAAAUCUCACGCAUUCACAUUUCUACAAUGUGCAAAACGGUGCCGAAUAAGAAUUUACCUCAAAGGAUUUAAAUAUAUAAUCCAAAAACCCAUAAUUUGUAAUCAAAACUACUUAUAGUUCAUAUUAUAACAAAAAAUGUCAAAUAAACAACAGUUUUUUCCCUUUUUUGCAUAAU